GUACAGGUACAGGUACUUAAUCUAUAAAUAUCUAGAAAGGACCAUGCCCUAAGCAGACUGCAUUAUGCAAGUACUGUGCUACUCAUGUUGAGCAAGGAGUGCUUCAAGAGCAUGAAAACUACUGCGGAUCAAGGACAGAGAAAUGUAAGGAUUGUGGAGAGUUUAUAAUGUUGAUGAACUAUGAACUCCAUAUAAAUAGCAACCAUGGCUUUAUUAAGCUAGAUGAUGAUAAAACUCCAAAACCCUCUGCAGAGAAAUCUCGUGCUGAACCUUACUCUGGGUAUAGUUCAAGGCUGUCGAAAUACUCAGAUCCUACUCCCUCAACUCCUACCCAGAGAUCUAACUUCUCUGCGACUGAGCUGUUCAACAAUCAGGAUCUGUAUUCCAGCAGACGAUAUUCCUCUACUGCUUCAACCUCGCUUUACAAAUCCACAAGUUCCUCUGUGGUGUCAUCAGGGGUCAGCAAAUCCUCGAGCUCUUCCCUAGUAUCCUCUCUUCAUAAAUCUAACAGUAACUCAAUCGUUAGCAAAGUUUUAAGCGGAGAGCCCAAGGUUGAAACAAAACCUAUCUCUAAGCUAUCAAGCAUCUCGGAUGAUAGUACUGAUGUUGAGAGGCUUCCUUGUGAGUUUUGUGAUGCUAUGAUACCAAUGUAUAAGCUGUUAUCCCACCAGGCAGAAUGUGUUAAUCCAUCCAAUGUUCGCGGAGGAAAUGAUACAUCCUCAUCCUCCACUUAUAGACCAUAUUCAUCUCUUAGAGAUAAUAAUUCUUCUAGAGAUAGUGCUAUUUCAAGAGAUACUGCCUCUAGGUUGGAAUCCUCAAUCUCCAGAUCUUCAUCCCUAAAUGCAGGAGCAAGCUCAAGUGGGGUUAACAGAUACAUGCGUCAAUCAUCUUCAUCAGCAAUAUCUGAAGCACAUUCAUCUUCUCUAUCUAGAUAUGGAUCAAAUGGCUCAAAUGGUGAGAUAGAAACAACUAAAAAGAUAUUUCCCACCUCCAGCAGCAUAGUUGGAAGGUACCUGACAAGCCCUGAACCUUCUACUUACAAAUCUAAAAACAUUCCAGAUUCUCCUCCCGAGCAGGCACCACAAGCUGCAAGCGUCUAUAUGGGCAGAUCAUCCUACCUUAAACAGGAAGUAAAUCAUAAAGAAGUUCAACAUAAAAAGACUUCAGUUCAGAAAGCUCCAGGAUUAUACGAAAAUGACAAAGAUAGAGAAGGAUUAAGACAAAUGCUGUCAGGACUCAGGAGAGACCCUAUGGAUGUCGAAGAUGAUCCUGAUAAUAAUGAUGGGUCCUUCUUUCCCUGUGAAUUUUGUGGAGACCCUUACCCUAGUGAAUUUAUUAUGCGGCAUCAGAUGUCUUGUGACCUGAACCCUUGCCCGGUAUCCUCGGGAAAUGGAUUUGAUUACAAUCAGAUCCAGAAAAGCAUAGCUAGGAAUCUAGGGAUAGAAGCACCAGCACCUGUUAGAAAAACAUCGAAUGAAGAACAACAAUCAUCUCGUCUUUCAAGAAGUAACUCAGUUAUGGAUAGAUCGUAUUCAAGAUCAGGACGUGCAUCAAGUGUGUCAAGGACAUCAUCCUUUGCAGAUAGAUCAUAUGGGACAAGAACAAAUUUGGCACGUCAUUCUUCAUUCUCCAUUGCUGAUUACAGUUCUGCAGUACGUAGAAGCUCAGUAUUUGAUGGCUAUGCUGGUUAUUCUAUAUACAGUAGCAUCAGUGAUGGCCUUGACCAAAUCACAUAUGGAGGAAGAACAUCCCGUAGAAAUUCGAUCACAGAAAUGUCAUACUCUUUUUCAAGACGUGGAUCUGUCUCUGCAGGAACAGAUUAUCCUAUGCCAGCUUUAAUGGCAGCUCUAGAUGCAUCAAAGGCAUCACAAGAUGAGCGUAAAGAAAAGCAUUCAUCUGCCGCACUUGCAAAUGCACAUGUAAAUGGCCAAGCUACUGCUUAUCUAAACAGUCAUCAGUAUAGUAGUAUUUCUAGACAAAAUUCAACUAAUGAUUCUCCAAAAGCUAUUGAUUCUCCGUUUGGGAUUGUCAAUGGACAUCAUUUAGAUUUGCAAAGAAGUGAUAGUGGUUCAGUAAGGAGGAAGUCAUCUGUUAGACACUCAGUAUCAGGACAUAAACUAGAACGAAAGGUGUCAUUUCAUAGUCAUGAUCAGAUAAUAGCCAAUGAAGGUCUUGAUGAAAACGGAGAUCCCACCGGAAAACCUGACAAGCCCAAACGAAAAAAAGAAAGAACUGAGGAGGAGAAGGCAGCUAGACGUGAAAAGAAAGAAAGGAAAGAAAGGAAGAGACAGGAACGGGGAGCAUCCAAGGAUAGACGUUGUAAAGAUGAAGUAAAAAAUAAGGUACACUUGUCUGGGGAUGAUUUGAUGGUUCAGGUGAGCGCCAAAUUACAGGAUAUAGAGCGACAACAGAAUGAUCUGGAGCCGGAGCUCUCCCCCUUGCCUUCUUCCUCCCUUAUACCUCAUAUAGUGAAUCAGGCAAGUAAACCUGUUAACAACAAUGCUUCUAGUAUUUCAAAUAAACUAAAUGAAGGGAUAGAUAACACACUAACUGAACCUCAAACAACUGUGACGGAUGAGGACCUAAUAAAUCUGCAUGAUUCUGAGAAUUCAGUGAGUCAUGAGAUCAGUACAGUGACUCGGCGUGAGUCUGAUGCACGUGGUUCCAAGCUGGGAUCCAAGCGGAACUCGUUGGAUAAUAAAAGUGUACAGUCCCUCGCUAAAGACCUUGCGGCAGAAUGCGCAAAGGCUUACGAACUCAUGGAGAGUUCUCUCUCCAAGCUUACUAAUGAUUUUUCUAUCGGACCGUUUGGAUUAACGCCAAAAAACAAGAAGAAGUACAGGGCUCCCGCCCCGCCUCCUCCACUAAAAUAGGGCUCCGGUCCCACCUCCUCCACUAAAAUAGAGCUCAAGUCCCUCCUCCUCCACUAAAAUAGAGCUCCGGUCCCACCUCCUCCACUAAAAUAGAGCUCAAGUCCCUCCUCCUCCACUAAAAUAGAGCUCAAGUCCCACCUCCUCCACUAAAAUAGUGCUCAAGUCCCUCCUCCUCCACUAAAAUAGAGCUCAAGUCCCACCUCCUCCACUAAAAUAGAGCUCAAGUACCACCUUCUCCACUAAAAUAGAGCUCAAGUCCCACCUCCUCCACUAAAAUAGAGCUCAAGUCCCUCCUCUUCCACUAAAAUAGAGCUCAAGUUCCACCUCCUCCACUAAAUAAGAGCUUCUGUCCCACAUCUUCCACUGAAAUAGAGCUUCCGCCCUACUAUAUCCACUAGACUAUAA